CCAUACAAAAGAAUCCACGUCUCUUUCACCGAAAUAGAGUGAAAACGUCUCACUCUCUCACGCUCAAUUUAUUGUAUGGUAUUUUUCUGAGUGAGAAUUUGAAGAAUCUGAGAGACUCGGUUUGUGAUUUCACUUCGAAAAUGGAGAAAAAGAAAUCCCAAAUGAGUCUCUCCCUCUUCACCACUCUCUCUAACUCCUUCACUAUGUCAACUAAAUCGCCCAGGAACUUCCAAGACGGCGUCGUUGGCCUGGGUAUCGUCGCUGCUAUGUCCGAUUCGAGCGACGCCAUCUAUCAGGAUGACGACAUUCCUUCUGGACGAUCAAGUCCGAUUCCUAUUGUGUUGGCGGCUAAACCUGCCGCGAAUUUCAGAGGUGGGUUGUCGCUGUUGAAUCUUGAGAGGGGUUAUGUUGAUGAGGGAGAUGAGGAGAACUACACUUGCGUCAUUUCGCAUUUGGAGAAUAAGAAGCGGGUCUACUUUGAUGACAGUGCUUCGUCUUGCGUGGUGAUGGACAUUGCUGGUGAUGUAGAGAAGAGACGGGAGUUUUGGGCUUCUGAUUUCUUGAACUCGUGCUCUCUUUGCAACAAAAAGCUUCGUGGGCUCGAUAUCUUCAUGUACAGGGGAGAGAAAGCAUUUUGCAGUCUAGAGUGUCGAGACAAACAUAUAAGAAGCGAUGAUCACAAAGAGAAAUGUGGUUCUGAAGCUAGGACAGCGAUUGAUUACUCCAUGUCCCCCUGCUCCUCACCACAGGUUUUUUUCAAUGGGGUUGCCGCUGCAUAGCAACUUGGAUAUAAAUAAAUAGAAAAAAAAUAUAUUCGAGUAAAUAAAUGACGCUGCCAACGAAAGGGAUGGGAGAUAUACUUUGAGUCGUGAGAGUGUUUGAGGAUAUAAUAUCUAUACCUCGAGAGUACAAGAAAAUGCCUUGUUUUUGCAGGAAAGUGUCUUUUUGCUGAUCUCUGGCACUUGUUUAAACCCAGAGAGAAGAAAAUUUGUGGUUCCAUUAUAAUAAUCAUUAUCGGUAUAAGCCAUAUAUUUUUGAUAAUUGGGAUUAGCUGGUGCACAUAA